AUGGCGGAAACAAUGAAGACCGAAGAAUUAUACAAGCUGCUGCAACGCCUCGGGCUGAGGUAUACCGAAUACAAGCAUCAGCCGAUGAUGGCGGUCAAACAGAGCCUGGAAGACCCUAUUUUCCAGGGCAAGUACGACAUCAUCGUGAAAAACCUCUGGCUCCGAGACGAGGCAAAGCGGUUCUACCUGCUCACCGCGCUCCAUGACACCAAGAUAGAUUUCAAGUUCCUCAGCAAGCAGGUCAAAGUGAAGCACCUGCGCAUGGGCCCGGAAGAGAUGAUGGAAGGUAUAGUGGGAAUGAAACGCGGCCACCUCAACCCCUUCGCCAUUGUAAACGACAAAAACAAUGAAGUCAAAGUGCUGUUGGACGAGCGCAUCAAGGGGAAGGCAGAGAUCAUGGCACAUGCGCUGCACAACGCUACAAGCAUAUGCAUUUCACCGGACGACCUGGUGCGAUUCCUCCAGGAGCACGGGCAUGAGCCCACCUUUGUGGUAACAGCGGGCGAAGAGGAGGCUGCGCCGGUUGCUGAGGCUCCCGCGCCCGCCACAACGGACAAGGAAGGGCACAUCCUUGGUGUGACCGUCAAGAAAAGUGCUAACUUCUCCGAGUGGUACACGCAGGCCAUCGUUCGCGGUGGAAUGGUCGAAUACUACGACAUAUCUGGUUGCUACAUAUACCUGCCGAGCAGCUACUUCAUGUGGGAAGUUUUCCAGGAGUGGUUCAACCAGGCCAUCAAGAAGGAGGGCGUGGAAAACUGCUACUUCCCGAUGUUUGUGUCAAAGGCCAAGCUGGAAACCGAAAAGAGCCAUGUUGAAGGGUUCAGCGCCGAAGUGGCGUGGGUCACCAAAUAUGGCGACUCGGACCUCGCCGACCCCGUUGCCAUCAGGCCCACCAGCGAAACCAUAAUGUAUGCGGAGUACGCAAAGUGGAUUCGUUCGCACAGGGAUCUGCCACUCAAGCUCAACCAGUGGUGCUCGGUGGUGAGGUGGGAGUUCAAGCAGCCCACGCCGUUCCUGAGAAGCCGCGAAUUCCUGUGGCAGGAGGGCCACACCGCGCACAAAAGCGAGGAGGAAGCCAUGAACAUGGUCAUGACCUCGCUCAACUUGUACAAGAAGUACUACGAGGAGUACCUGGCAGUCCCAGUCAUCCCCGGUGAAAAGAGUGUAGAGGAGAGGUUCGCAGGGGGUAAAACCACCAUGACCGUGGAAGCCUAUAUUCCAGGCAGCGGCAGGGGUAUACAGGCGGCGACGUCACACCUCCUCGGCACGAACUUCGCCAAAAUGUUCGGGAUUAUAUUCGAGGACGAAAACGGAACUAAGCAGUUUGCUCAUCAAACCAGCUGGGGUUUCACCACUAGGAGCCUGGGUAUAUCGAUUAUGAUCCACGGCGAUGACCAGGGGCUCGUUAUACCGCCGAAGGUAUCGAAGGUGCAGGUGGUCAUAGUGCCCAUCAUCAGCAAGAAGGAAAUGCAAAAACAGAUCAUGGACGUGGCAAACGAGGUCUUCGCCAGGCUCAAACAGGCAGGCGUCAGGACGCACCUUGACGACCGCGUCGGAUAUACACCCGGGUUCAAGUUUAACCACUGGGAACUAAGGGGCGUCCCAAUUAGGAUCGAAAUCGGCGCCAGGGAUGUCGAGUCCAAGAGCUGCCGCGUAUGCUGCAGGUUCAACGGGCGGAAGACAGACAUGAAAUUGGACGAAAUCGAAAUAAACAUACCCCAGACCUUGGAAACCAUACAACGGGAAAUGUUCGAGAAGGCGAAGAAAGAGAUGGACCAGGCCAUUGCCAGGGUCAUGGACUUCGAGGGCGUCAUGCCGGCACUCAACGACCUGAAGUUGGUACUGGCCCCAUGGUGCGAGGACCCGGCAACGGAGGGUGAAAUCAAGGCGGAAACCCAGAGGCUGUCGCAGGAAAACAGCGACGGCAGGACAGGCGGUAUGAAAUGCCUGUGUCUCCCCUUGGACCAGCCCGAGAUGCCGGAAGGCACUAAGUGCUUCUGGACCGGCAAACCUGCCACGAGGUGGGCGCUCUUCGGGCGCAGCUACUGA